CAAAUUUCUUUCAUAUUUUCCAGUUAUAAUAUUGUAUUCACUUGUAUAUCAUUUGGUACGUCAAAAUGGCUGAAGUUGUAUUUCAAAGUUUGGAGGGAAUGCUUCCUGAAUUGGAAGAUCUUGAACGGCAAGGCUUAUUUACAAGAGAAGAGUUAAGGAUCAUAAUUAAACGAAGAACUGAUUUUGAAUACAAGUUACAAAAACGAAUCAUGGAUAAAGUUGAUAUAUUGAAUUACUUAGAGUACGAGUUAAAAUUGGAUUUGCUGCGGAAGAAAAGGUGCAAGAGAUUAAAAUUAAAACCUUAUUCCACGUCAGCUCUGGCUGUGACAAACAGAAUACACACACUCUUCAGGAAAGCACUGCUAAAGUUUGGGGAUGAUUUAAAGUUAUGGAUGCAAUAUUUAGAUUUUUGCAAGAAAACAGAAAGUGUUCGCGCAAUGGGAUCUGCGCUUGGAAAAAUGAUUCAAAAACAUUCUUCAAAUCAAGAAGUGUGGUUACUAGCUGCAAAAUUUGAAUUAGAAGAAGCAAAUAAUGUGGAAAAUGCAAGGUCAUUGUUACAGCGUGCAUUACGUGUACAUAAAUUGUCUAAGAAGCUGUGGCAUGAAUCAUUUCGUCUUGAACUACUUCAUGUUGAUAAGAUCAAAAAACGAAGAAAAUUACUUGGAGUUGGUGGAAUUGAGCUCAAGGACAUUGAUGAAAAUGAACCAAAAGAAUUGGAUUCGUUUUUAGCAAAUAAAACAGCAAGAAUUGUUUUUGAAAAUGCAAUCAAAAUUAUUCCAGAUGAUUUACGGUUUCGUUUGGAUUUCUUGAAUGUGUGUGCACGUUUUGAAGAUACAGACGAACUGGAGGAAGGGAUAUGUCAAAGCGCACUUGCUGAUUAUCGAGACGAGGAAGAAAUUCAUGAAGCUAUCUCCAAACUACCUCUUAUACGGUUAAAAAAACAACUAGACAGAAUUAUAAAAGAUGAAGAAUGGAUAAAAUCAGAAGACGACAUGAGCAAACGAUUUCAACAAGCUGUUACAAAACUAAAUACUUCAAGCAUGUGGGAAAAAUAUUUGAAUGCAUUUGGUGAAUUGUUGCACGAAAGCACAUCUCCACAACAAGCGAAAAGAAGGAUAGCUUUAAUAAAGAAUAUAUUUGCAUCUGCGGAGGAGAACAAACUUGCCACCGAAUCAAUGUAUAUUUUUUGGAUUGAUCUCCUGGUUGAGCUUGGUGAUACAUCUGAAGCCAUGAAAUUUUUGUGUAGAGCCCUUGAAAUGUAUAAACAAAAUGCUUUACUUUGGAAAACCUAUCUUCUUUUGAAAGCUGGCGAGACAGAUCAAUGGAGCGAGUUAAAAAACGAAUUCAAAAAAUGCACAUCCACAUUAAACCAAGGUUGUUCAGAAAUAUAUCAAAUGUAUAUAGACUGCGCCAUGAAAGUUGAUGUGGAAGAAACAGAAAGAAUAUUUGAGGAACUGAUGAAUGGAGAGCAAAAAGAUUUAAAAAAUCUCUUCUUACCGCAGUAUCUGGACUGGUUACACAGCACGAAGGGUAUCAAGAAAACAAGAAAAGUUUAUAAAAAGUUACUUCAAUUAUCCAGUGAACUAGAAGUCAUCGAGAAAUGUUUAAGCAUUGAAGAAUUGCAGGACGAUGUCAGCGUAAAACAUGUCCGCUCUCUCCACGAGAAAGCUGUCGAUGACUAUGGAAACAAUAAUGCAGAUGUCUGGCUGUCUUAUUUAAAGUUUGAAAAACAACUUCAAGCUAAUGACUUAGAACGCACUGGUAUGAUAUACAACAAAGCGAGGAGAACAUUAGAGGGGAAGCACAACGCUGAAUUUUUAACAAGAUACUCCUUACUACAAUCAACGCAAUAAUAAAACGAAGCACGUUCAUAAGAUAAGUGUGUAAUGUUGGACAAUCUAUGCUUGCUACAUAAUGUACUGCGAUGUAUGCGCUGGACGAUCUUUUCGGGAAGUAUUGUUUCUUCACCGGAACAAAAACUCGAUGACGUAAAACAUGACCUAACAUAGUGACAUUUUAAAAAACUGAAUCAUGUUAUGUUAGGUUGAUCGUAAAUAAAGUAAAAACUCCA